GAGAUUUUCCAAGUCGUCGCACAUUGGCAAUCUUGGCUUCUGAUCGUAGGUGUUGUGCCAGUUCUUCAUCGGUGACAUCCGCAUCAACGUCGUGAAUUACUCCGACGCUUGUUUUGCCUGACAACGGAGAGUAUGGUCGAACUUGGAUACCGCAUAGUAGUGUAUUGUUCAUCAGCACUUGUGCUGCAUGUCCGUUUCGGACGUCAACUGCAAUAAGGUUGAGUCGUUGAUUGUAGCGAACUUGAAGAAUGCAUUCUGGACUUAUCUUCUCGAGAGCCUGUGUGACCUUGAGACUGCUAAGGGAAGUUAAUUUCUUCUCUGAGUCAGUCGGGGCAUAUACGACGGUGAGACUGUUGGAGACGUUGUUUGGCACACGUGCUGUGCCAGAAUCGGAGAGUGAGUCAUCACUUCGAACACGUUUCCGAUUUCCAGAGAUGCACCAUUGUCCUCCAGAGUCGUUGUCCUGCUCCAUGUCGGAAUGUUCUAAGUUAGAAAAUUCGGGUGAGGCGUUUGGAGUGACAGCAGGGCUGUCUUCCAUGGGGUUUACCGUUGGGCGUUGCCCAGGAGUGACAUCAGAAGAUGAAUGGUCACCGAUGUUCGCUACUUUCUCAGAUGAAGACAUCCCAAGCAGCACCACAUACUUCCCGGAACGUGAGCGCCAGCAAGACAUGUUCAUGUUCAACUGUUCCAGUUGCUGCAGGAGGCCCCGAGAUCUGGAGGAAGGCAGUUCGUCGAUCGAGGACCCCGUGGGGUACCCUCCCCGGACGUUCCUGGCCCGGCUGGAACUCCAGGCGCCCGUGCUGUCCAGCUGGAUCCACGCCCUGCACCUGGGCCUGCACCGAGCAUGGCCGUCUCCCGGCCGAGGCACGGGCCUGGACCUGUGCUGCGGUCCGACGCUGCACCAUGCGGCCGUGCUGAGCAAGUUCCUAGCCAACGUGUACCUGGCAGACCCCGAGCAGGCCAACCGCAACGCCCUGCAGGCCUGGAUCUGCAGGGAGCCCGGCUGCCCCGACUACAGCCCCUUCCUCGCCAUGGUCUCCGCCGUCGAGGCACUGCCGUCGACGAUGGGCCUGGCCCACGUGGAAACCCGACUGCGUUCCGCUCUCCGCGGGGUGCUCGAGUGCAACCUGGGCCAUCCUCACCUGCUGCCGUCCGUCCACCGCCUCUUCAGGCUAGACGUCGUCGUGCUGCUGGCCAGUGCCCUCCAGGAUCAGAGCCCGGAGCCCGCGGCCCAGGUGCAGGUGCUACGACGCGUGGGUCGGCGCCUGCGCAGGGGCGGUCUCCUGGCCCUCGUGGGCGUAGCCCCCCCUGGCCCCGCUCCCAAGAACGCCCUGGAGGACGCCAUGCUCGCCGCAGGUUACGCCAACCUUUGUUGGGAGGCGCGUGACAUGGUGCCCCUCGGCUCGUGCCCUUCCACCAGAAGUUUCUUGCUGCUCGCCAACAAACUCUGGCAGGCCUAGUUCCUGUUCCAGACUUCGAUGGCGUGCAGUCCACGACGAAGCUGAGAGGCGCGCUACGAUUGAGCUCUUGCCGCUAAUAAAAUGUUCGCGCUGCGAG